AUGGCUGGCGGCAUGGUGGUUCUUCUUGAGCUUUUCCGUCCAGCGAGCAGCCCUUUACACGCCACGGAGGAGCAGCAACACACACAUACAAACACGACAGCAGGAGUGAAAGACGUUCGCUCGCUAGCAGGUCCCCGUUGUCGCUGGCGACAAGAGCUACGAUUGACAUCAGCGGCAGCAGCAGAAGCUUCGUCUUCAGCGGGAGGCGCAUCGGCGGGUCGUCACAGAGCUACGACCGAAGAAGAAGAAGCAGCGAAGGGUGGUACCAGUGGCGGCGACGCAGUAGAGACAGCGGCCGAUCGCGGUUUUACUGGUAACAGGUCUGUGGUUGGCUUUGGUGGCUGA